AUGGAGAUCUGGUAUCGCUCUCGAGUUGUGUGGGGAGUAAUCUUAAUUUUAUUCUACAAAACCUACUUGUUAAAUUCCGUGAUAACCUUCCGUGGCAAUGACACUGGCAAACUUUCGCGCUCUGACGAAUCAGCAAACAUAGAGGGCGAUAUUAUUCUGGGAGGUUUGUUUCCUGUGCAUCAGAAAGGGGACGAUGGGGCCGAAUGUGGUGCAAUCAACAUUCAGCGAGGAGUACAGCGUCUUGAGGCGAUGCUUUUUACCGUUGACCGAAUCAAUGCCGAUCCGAAAGUUCUUCCAGGAAUUGACUUGGGGGCAGAAGUUUUCGACACGUGUUCAAGAGGCACCUAUGCGCUUGAAAGGUCACUGGAGUUCAUUCGAGCGUCGUUUGCCAAUUUGGAUAGCGCUGAUUUCAAAUGUGACGAUGGUUCCGAAGCGAAGGCAAACGCUACACCACGUGCAAUUGCAGGAGUCAUUGGGGGUUCAUACAGCAGUGUUUCUAUACAGGUAGCUAAUCUUUUGCGGUUAUUCAAACUUCCACAGAUCAGCUAUGCAUCCACUAGCGCUGACCUUAGCGAUAAAAAGCGUUACGAUUAUUUCGUAAGGACUGUACCGCCGGAUGGCUUCCAGGCCAAGGCGAUGGCAGAUAUCGUGCAAUUAUUUAAUUGGACGUACGUGUCGACGGUAGCUUCGGAAGGCGAUUAUGGACAAUCUGGAAUAGAAUCAUUCCAAAACGAGGCUAGAUCAAGAAACAUUUGUAUUUCUAUUUCAAUCAAGAUUAUUUCUAAUUCAAACCAGGAAACGUUCGAUACAGCUAUAGAAGAUUUAGACAGUAAGAAAAAUGCUAUGAUUGUUGUUUUGUUUCUGCGCGUGGAAGAUGCGCGUAAUUUGUUACUAGCAGCUAAGAGAAAAAAACUGUAUCAUCGGUUUACGUGGAUCGCGAGUGACGGUUGGGGUAUGCAAGAUAAACCCGUGUUAGGGAACGAAGACAUCGCGGAGGGGGCAAUGACUAUAGAGCUAGAUUCAACUUUAAUUCCGGAAUUUGAUACUUAUUUUUUGAAAUUAAAACCAGAAACGAAUACAAGAAAUCCAUGGUUUAAAGAGUACUGGGAAACUGUUCAUGAGUGUAAAUUUCGUGGUAAAAGUAGCAAAGCAGUAACGGGUCAAGAGUUCAAAAAGAACUGUACUGGACAGGAGAAAAAACUCGACGUGUAUCAACAGGAAACAAAAGUACAGUUCAUUUAUAACGCUGUGUAUGCCAUGGCGCUGUCCCUGGAUCGGAUGCAAAGGGACGUUUGUCCGGGUACAACUAAACUCUGUGAAAAUAUGAAAAAGAUCGACGGGGAACGCCUUCUCAAAGAGUACAUCCUGAAUACGUCAUUCAGUGAUGAUUAUGGUGCUAUGGUGCAGUUUGACUCUAAAGGUGACGCAUUGGGUCGAUAUCGAAUCAUGAAUUACCAGAAAAAUCCCAAGACCGAAAGAUACGAAUAUGUUGUCGUUGGAAAUUGGUCAAUGUCCUUACAGUUGGAUGUGGACCGCCUUGUUUGGUCGUCCGGAACGGCCGGAGUCCCCGAAUCAAGAUGUAGUGAACCGUGCAAUUUUGACCAGUACAAGUAUAUUGGAAAGUCUGGAGAUUCCUGCUGUUGGGUCUGUAUUACAUGUCAGGAUUUCGAAUAUCUGAAAGACGAAUUCACGUGCGAGGAUUGUGGAAGAGGAAGAUGGCCAAACAGUGAUAAAAGAGAUUGCCACGUGCUUCCGAAACAAUACAUGCAAUGGGAUUCGGUAUAUUCUCUUGUCCCCAUGGUGUUAGCGUGUGUAGGUCUUAUUGCAACUCUCGUCGUCAUUCUCACGUUCAUGAAGUUUCACGAUACUCCCGUUGUCAUGGCAUCCGGACGAGAGUUGAGCUAUUUCCUGUUGUCCGGAUGUUUGAUGUGCUAUUUUAUUACUUUUAUAUUGAUUGCCAAACCUUCAACUAUAAUGUGCGCUAUUCAGAGAUUUGGAGUUGGAUUCGGGUUCUCUGUGAUAUAUUCUUCCUUAUUAACAAAAACCAAUCGAAUAUCGAGAAUAUUUGAUAGUGCAAGGAGAUCAGCAAGGAGGCCUCCUUUCAUCAGCCCUAAAUCUCAGAUUGUUAUUACCUGUAUUCUUAUUCUAAUUCAAGUUUUAUUUACCAUCGUUUGGCUUGUAAUCGAGCCACCCGGAACUCGUAUUUAUCUACCUAAUGGGAAAAGGAAUGAAGUGAUUCUUAAAUGUAAAACAGACGAUAUUUCUUUCUUAGUAUCUCUCAUGUAUAACAUGCUCUUAAUUAUUGUGUGUACACUUUAUGCCAUAAAGACGAGGAAAAUCCCCGAGAAUUUUAAUGAGUCGAAGUUUAUUGGAUUCGCUAUGUAUACCACAUGUAUCAUCUGGCUGGCCUUUGUCCCCAUCUACUUCGGCACCCUCAAUUCUUUCCAGGUUCAGAUCACCACGUUGUGUAUCUCCAUCAGUCUUAGCGCUACUGUGGCCCUCCUGUGUCUGUUCACACCCAAAAUGUACAUCAUUGUCUUCCAACCGGAAAAGAAUGUUCGUCGCCUCACUAUGAACUCUGCUAGCUAUAAUAAAAAGCCUCAGACAACUACGAGUUCCAUUCUCACCAAUAACCAUGACGCGUUCUCGGAGAGAAUAAAACUAAGUGUGAAUUACGACCAGAAAUUUGGCGUAACGACGACGGCGGAGAAGGACGACAAGGAAAAAGAUGUACCAGCAUCGUCUCUUUAAACAAACUGGUGAUGGCUACGAUUCCACAAAGACCUUUCAAGUUUUCCCAGUUGUGUUGUUUGAAUCGAAGUAAUCCCGAAUGGUUUUGCCUUAGUGAUACACAUGUUGUCGCUGUUACUUGAUUUUUUCAAAGAGCCAAUGCACAU